AUGGCUUUAACCACAAGUAGCAAUUAUACAUUAGUAACUGAUUUCAUUCUGACUGGAUUCUCAAGUAGGCCUGACCUUCAGGAAACAUUCUUCUUACUCUUUUUAUCUGUGUAUUUAAUAACCCUUUUGGGUAACUUGCUGAUCAUCUUUGCUAUUUGUCACAAUGACAGCUUGAAAACACCCAUGUAUUAUUUCCUAUGUAAUCUGUCAAUAAUAGACCUGUGUUUAUCUUGCGAUAUUGCUCCCAAAAUGUUAUUGAACUUUCUCUCUGAACAGAAGAAAAUAUCUUAUGUUGGCUGUUUUGUACAGCUUUUCUUUUUUUGCAUUCUCGGAAGUACUGAAUGUAUCUUGUUUGCAGUAAUGGCUUAUGACCGUUUUGUGGCAAUAUGUAACCCAUUAAACUAUUUUUUGGUAAUGCAGAAGAAGACCUGCAUAGGACUAGUAUGUGGAGCUUAUACAGCUGGAGUCCUGCAUUCUCUCAUUGAGACUUCUUGCACCUUGCAACUGUCUUUUUGUGCAUCUAAUGUCCUCCACCAUUUUGCCUGUGAUUUUCCCCCAUUACUAAGUAUUUCUUGUACAGAUACUACUAUUAAUGAAUUUGUCCUCUUAAUCUUUUCUUCUUUUAUAACUAUACCUUCUAUAGUGGUCAUUAUCAUGUCAUAUGUCUCCAUAAUUGUAUCCAUUAUGAGUAUAAAGAGUGUAACUGGAAGACAGAAGGCCUUUUCGACUUGUGCAUCCCACAUAACAGCAGUGUCACUUUAUUAUGGAACAACUCUGUAUGUAUAUUUAAGUCCCAAAUCACAGUCUACAGUUGAGAACAGAAGUGUCGCCACUCUUUUCUACACUGUUGUAAUACCUAUGUUAAAUCCAAUUAUUUAUAGUUUGAGAAAUAAAGAUAUUGAUAAGGCUGUGAAAAUAAUGUUCCAAAAACUGCACAGAGCUUUUGAUCAGGUCAGCCAGAAAAACAGACAGGUGGACCUGAUUGGAAUGCCCGUGGGCCCUUCAAAAAACAACUACAUUUGCCAUGAUCUUUUCCACAAUUUAUAUGAAGUAUUGGAUGGGGUAGAAUUUUCAGAACCAGAAUUAGAAGUACUACAACAAGGAUUAAAAUUUGCACCUGAAAAAAACAUCGAUAAGUUUGAAAUCUUUAUCGAUGUGGAAAAAUAUAUUCGCAAAUUAAACAUAAAAAAAUAUUUUGCUGGGAAGAGCACUAUGAACGAGGGAAUUAAUGAGGACCUCAUCUAUCAACAUAGUGGACUUAAAAAUAAUUCAACGUUUAACCCAAAAAAGGGUAUGAACCAUCAGAUCGAGGCCUUUAGAACUAUGGUUCAAGAAGAUGUACGAGAAUUAAAAGUGUCCCAACAUGCAUCUAACAAUAAAAUUUGGGAAGGGAUUAAACUAUUGGAAGCAAAUAAACAAAUUGUGAUACGUCCCGCCGACAAGGGCGGAGGCCUGGUGAUCCUGAAAAAAGAAAUGUACUACUCAGAAAUGGAAAGAUUACUAGGGGAUACAUCAACGUAUCAACUUUUGUAUGGGAACCCUACAAUGAAAUUAAAAGAUUUACUUUCCGAGUGGAUUGAAGAAGGAGUGGCUCGUAAAAUCCUUAAUCAGAAAGAGGCAGCGUAUUUGAUAAUCCAUGCCCCUAAAGUUCCUGUCAUGUAUAUUUUGCCCAAAGUGCACAAAGACAGAGAACACCCUCCCGGCAGGCCAAUAAUCAGCGGCAUAGAAUCUCUUUUCUCCCGUUUGGGAGAAUAUUUAGAUAGUUUUUUCAAACCACUAGUCCCAUUAAGUCCCUCCUACCUGAAAGAUAGCAAGGACCUUAUAAUUUGA